AUACCAUUAUAUCAAGUAUAUGUAUAAUACCUGGCCCCUAAUAUGACACACACACCUCGGAGUCACAGGUGUUAACAGGAGCUGGAAUGACAUGGACUUGAUUUUCUUUUUAUUUAUUUAUUUAUUUAUUUAUUUAUUUAUUUAUUUAAUUUAUUAAAAAAUUUUUUUUUAAACGUUUUUAUUUAUUUUUGAGACAGAGAGAGACAGAGCAUGAAUGGGGGAGGGUCAGAGAGAGGGAGACACAGAAUCUGAAACAGGCUCCAGGCUCUGAGCUGUCAGCACAGAGCCCGACAAGGGGCUCGAACUCACGGACCGCGAGAUCAUGACCUGAGCUGAAGUCGGCCGCUUAACCGACUGAGCCACCCAGGUGCCCCUGGACUUGAUUUUCAAAUUUACCACCUGCUUGCUGUAUGAUCUUGGACAAAAUAUUUAAUCUCAUUUUAACUGUAUUAACUGUCUUAUAUGGAAUAGAUGUUUUUUUCUAUUUUACAAAUGGACAAAUACACUCAGAUUAUGAAUACUAGAUUUUUCAAGUUAGUACUGGUACAUACUAUGUACAUUAGGAAGUGUUUUCCUUUCUAAAGGGUAAAGCUUGUUAUUUGGAAUGUCUUGGUGGUUUAACAUGAAGAGGGAGUUAUAUGAAUUGGAGAAUUAUAAAACCUAUUGGGGGUCAUCUAUGAAGGAGCCCUUAAGUUUUGUCUGCAGCUACUUAAUCUACUAACUGAAACCAGCUCAACAGAAAAUGCAUGCUGAAAUUUAGGGAAGGCAGGAAUCACAAAUAUUUCCAGACAGUUUAUCAUCUUCUAUGGAAAGUGGUAAUGUUACUCUCUGAUGACCUUCUUUUCCUGAACUCAUCAAUCUAUUUGUUCAACCAGAAGGAUGCUUCAUUCAUCUACUGUCAAAGCACUAUACUGAAGAUAUAAAAUAUGACAUGUUGAAUCUUAAGAAGUUCAUUGUUUCAUUCAAUAAUUAUUAAGUAUCAUGAACUGAACAUACAAAGAUAGAAGACAAACUCCUCUGUUUUCUCACUCAUUCUUUGGAAACUGUUUGCUAUGAGUACAUGUAUAUUUUUUAAUAUGCUUGUGGCACCAUGGCAAUGGGCCACACACUUGGUAUAAGGCCAUCAACAAGACACAGUUGAUUGAAUACAAUGACAUCAUAGUUAGAGUACUAGAAUGGUUUAGAUCCCUCAGAGGUCAACAUGGGAGAUUCCAGGAAAGUUCAGAAAAAGGUACCUAAUUUAGCCUCUGUGUGAGAUGAAGAAGGGGCCAUGGGCUGAUAUUUGAAUAAACAGAAAUUAGUAAGGCAAAGAAUACUGAGGGAGAUGGAAGGUGGAGCAGGAUAAACUGGUCAGACGUCAGUUUUCUGAUCCUGUAGUCCACGGAGCUGAAAAUGCCGCUAGUUGCUCCUAGCACUAUACAGCUGGGAGCAAGUCUUAUAGGGUUGCAUCCAUUUCUUACAUCAUUUUAUGUGUCAACAGGAAAGCAGUCUCAUCUGUGAUGCUGGGGAUAUCCUAUAACCGCACAGUGGAAACUCCUGCCACCUUCUUCCUUGUGGGUAUCCCAGGUUUGCUAUCUUCCCAUCUUUGGCUGGCUAUUUCACUGGGUGCCAUGUAUACCAUAUCCCUGUUAGGAAACACCCUCAUCAUGACCAUAAUCUGGAUGGAUUUCACUCUACGAGAGCCCAUGUAUUGCUUCCUGUAUGUACUGGCUGCUGUGGAUAUUGUUAUGGCCUCCUCUGUGGUACCAAAGAUGGUAAGCAUCUUCUCUUCAGGAGAUGGUUCCAUCAGCUUUAAUGCUUGUUUCACUCAGAUGUAUUUUGUCCACGUAGCCACAUCUGUGGAGACAGGGCUAUUGCUGGCCAUGGCUUUUGACCGCUAUGUAGCCAUCUGUAAGCCCCUGCACUACAAGAGGAUUCUCACACCUCAACUGAUGCUGGUAAUGAGUGUGGCCAUCACCAUCAGGGCUGUCAUAUUCAUGACUCCACUGAGUUGGAUGGUAAGUCAUCUGCCUUUCUGUGGCUCCAAUGUGGUUCUCCAUUCCUACUGUGAGCACAUAGCCGUGGCCAAGUUGGCAUGUGCUGACCCCAUGCCCAGUAGUCUCUACAGUGUGAUUGGCUCCUCCAUUAUUGUGGGCUCUGAUGUGGCCUUCAUUUCUGCCUCCUAUAACCUGAUCCUCAAGGCAGUAUGUGGUCUCUCUUCAAAGAAUGCUCAAUUGAAAGCAUUAAGCACAUGUGGCUCCCACAUGGGGGUUAUGGCUCUGUACUACCUACCUGGGAUGGCAUCCAUCUAUGUGGCCUGGCUAGGGAAGGAUACAGUGCCUCUGUACACCCAAGUACUGUUAGCUGAUUUGUAUUUGAUCAUCCCACCUACCUUUAACCCCAUCAUUUAUGGCCUGAGGACCAAACAAAUGCGGAAGCGAAUAUGGAGCUUGCUGACACACUGCCUCUUUGACCUCUCCAAACUGGGUUCAUAA